UCAGGCGAGUGCUGGCCACUCUAUUAGUGUAUGACGACGUUAUUGUUGACGAAGGACCCCGAAACGGCCGCCAUUCGUUUAAUUUGUCGUAGGCCUACUUGUUAUUAUUGGGAAUGAUUUCUAAUCAACUUGAAAUCUAAGUCAUCCUUUCAUUGGCAACGUUUGGACCUGUUAAGUGAGGGCUGUGGCCAGCUCCUGAAGACCUACUUUGGAUACCUUCUCGUAGGCAGCCAUGUUUCUGUACAACAUCACUUUGCAGCGUGCCACUGGCAUCUCGCAUGCCAUCCAUGGCAACUUCUCAGGCACCAAAAUGCAGGAGAUUGUCGUUUCUCGCGGGAAAAUUCUUGAACUGCUGCGGCCUGAUGCCAACACAGGGAAAGUCCACACCCUGCUUACGAUGGAAGUGUUCGGAAUCGUGAGGUCCUUGAUGGCCUUCAGACUCACUGGAGGAACCAAAGACUACAUUGUGGUAGGUAGUGACAGUGGUCGGAUCGUCAUCCUGGAAUACCAUUCCUCAAAAAACAUGUUUGAGAAGAUCCACCAGGAGACUUUUGGCAAGAGUGGUUGCAGACGCAUUGUACCCGGUCAGUUCCUGGCUGUGGACCCCAAAGGCAGAGCUGUCAUGAUUGGUGCAAUUGAAAAACAGAAGCUGGUGUACAUUCUGAACAGAGACGCGGCGGCCAGGUUGACCAUCUCCUCCCCUCUGGAGGCCCACAAGGCCAACACGUUGGUCUACCAUGUGGUGGGGGUGGACGUGGGCUUUGAGAACCCCAUGUUUGCCUGCCUGGAGAUGGACUAUGAGGAAGCUGACAACGACCCUACUGGAGAGGCAGCAGCCAAUACCCAGCAGACUCUGACCUUUUAUGAACUGGACCUCGGUCUGAACCAUGUGGUCCGCAAGUACAGCGAAGCCCUGGAGGAGCACGGGAACUUCCUCAUUACUGUGCCUGGUGGUGCGGAUGGUCCCAGUGGCGUUCUGAUCUGCUCUGAAAACUACAUCACCUACAAGAACUUUGGAGACCAGCCAGACAUCCGCUGCCCUAUCCCAAGACGCAGGAAUGAUCUGGACGACCCCGAGCGUGGAAUGAUAUUCGUGUGCUCGGCAACCCACAAGACCAAGUCCAUGUUCUUCUUCUUGGCCCAGACGGAGCAGGGGGAUAUCUUUAAGGUUACACUGGAGACGGAUGAGGAGAUGGUUACGGAAAUCAGGAUGAAGUAUUUUGACACCAUCCCCGUGGCAACGGCCAUGUGUGUCCUCAAAACUGGCUUCCUGUUUGUGUCUUCCGAGUUUGGAAACCACUACCUGUACCAGAUCGCUCACCUGGGCGACGAUGACGAGGAGCCAGAGUUCUCCUCAGCCAUGCCUCUGGAGGAAGGGGACACCUUCUUCUUCCAGCCCCGCCCCCUCAAGAACCUGGUGCUGGUGGAUGAAUCGGAGAACUUGUCGCCCAUCAUGUCCUGCCAGAUUGCUGAUUUGGCAAACGAGGACACCCCUCAGCUGUAUGUCGCCUGUGGAAGAGGUCCCAAGUCUACCCUGAGAGUCCUCAGGCAUGGACUGGAGGUGUCAGAAAUGGCUGUGUCCGAGUUGCCCGGUAAUCCCAACGCUGUGUGGACAGUGCGCAGACACGUUGAAGACGAGUUUGACGCCUACAUCAUCGUGUCCUUCGUCAACGCCACGCUGGUCCUGUCCAUCGGAGAGACGGUCGAGGAGGUGACAGACUCUGGGUUCCUGGGAACCACGCCCACACUGUCCUGCUCGCUGCUGGGCGAGGAUGCCCUGGUGCAGGUGUACCCCGACGGCAUCCGCCACAUCAGGGCCGACAAGCGUGUGAACGAGUGGAAGACCCCCGGGAAGAAGACGAUUGUCCGCUGUGCCGUGAACCAGCGGCAGGUAGUGAUCGCCCUCACUGGGGGCGAGCUGGUCUACUUUGAGAUGGACCCGUCGGGCCAGCUCAAUGAAUACACAGAGCGUAAGGAGAUGUCUGCCGACGUGGUCUGCAUGAGCCUGGCCAACGUUCCCCCUGGCGAGCAGCGCACCCGCUUCCUGGCCGUGGGCCUGGUGGACAACACGGUCCGCAUCAUCUCCCUGGACCCGCUGGACUGUCUGCAGCCGCUGAGUAUGCAGGCCCUGCCCGCCCAACCAGAGUCUCUGUGUAUCGUGGAGAUGGGGGGCGUGGAAAAACAGGACGAGCUGGGAGAGAAGGGAACCAUCGGCUUCCUUUACCUGAACAUUGGACUUCAGAAUGGAGUGCUCCUCAGAACCGUUCUGGACCCAGUGACCGGUGACCUCUCUGACACCAGAACACGCUACUUGGGCUCCCGACCGGUCAAGCUCUUCAGAGUCCGGAUGCAGGGACAGGAAGCUGUGCUGGCCAUGUCCAGUCGCUCCUGGCUGAGCUACUGUUACCAGUCACGGUUUCACCUGACCCCGCUAUCUUAUGAAACCCUGGAGUACGCAUCCGGCUUCGCCUCUGAGCAGUGCCCAGAAGGCAUUGUCGCAAUCUCUACCAACACACUCAGGAUCUUGGCCUUGGAGAAGCUGGGUGCGGUCUUCAACCAGGUGGCCUUCCCUCUACAGUGCACGCCCCGGAAGUUUGUGAUCCACCCCGAGACCAACAACCUCAUCGUGAUCGAGACGGACCACAACGCCUACACGGAGGCCACCAAGGCUCAGAGGAAACAGCAAAUGGCAGAGGAGAUGGUGGAGGCGGCCGGAGAAGACGAACGGGAACUUGCUGCCGAGAUGGCAGCAGCGUUCCUCAACGAGAACCUGCCUGAAGCCAUCUUCGGGGCUCCCAAAGCCGGGGCCGGACAGUGGGCCUCGCUGGUCCGCCUGAUCAACCCGAUACAGGGCACCACUCUGGACCUGGUGCAGCUGGAGCAGAACGAGGCCGCCUUCAGUGUGACAGUGUGUCGUUUCGCCAGUACCGGAGAUGAUUGGUUUGUUCUUGUGGGCGUGGCUAGAGACAUGAUCCUCAAUCCCAGGUCGGUGGCCGGAGGCUUCAUCUACACCUACCGGCUCUCCAGUGCAGGAGACAAGCUGGAAUUCAUGCACAAGACUCCGGUGGAAGACGUGCCAUUGGCCAUUGCUCCAUUCCAGGGGCGGGUCCUGGUGGGCGUUGGUAAACUGCUGAGGAUUUACGACCUUGGCAAGAAGAAACUACUUAGGAAGUGUGAGAACAAGCACAUUCCCAACCUGGUGACCAGCAUCCACACCAUUGGGCAGCGCGUGGUGGUGACGGACGUGCAGGAGAGCCUGUUCUGGGUGCGCUACCGCCGCAACGAGAACCAGCUGAUCGUGUUCGCCGACGACACGCACCCCCGCUGGGUGACCACCGCCUGCCUGCUGGACUACGACACCAUGGCCUCGGCGGACAAGUUCGGAAACAUCAGCAUCGUGCGUCUCCCCCCAAACACCAGUGACGACGUGGACGAGGACCCCACAGGGAACAAAGCGCUGUGGGACCGAGGCCUUCUCAACGGCGCCUCGCAGAAGGCUGAGGUCAUUAUGAACUACCACAUCGGAGAGACUGUGCUGUCCCUGCAGAAGACCACUCUCAUCCCUGGGGGGUCAGAGUCCCUCGUCUACACUACGCUGUCCGGGGGCAUCGGCAUCCUGGUCCCUUUCACCUCACACGAGGACCAUGACUUCUUCCAGCAUCUGGAGAUGCACAUGCGCUCAGAGUUCCCUCCCCUGUGUGGCCGGGACCAUCUCAGCUUCAGGUCCUACUAUUUCCCAGUGAAGAACGUGAUUGAUGGAGACCUGUGUGAGCAGUUCAACAGCAUGGACCCUCACAAGCAGAAGAGCGUGGCGGAGGAGCUCGACCGGACGCCGCCGGAGGUGUCGAAGAAGCUGGAGGACAUCCGAACACGCUACGCCUUCUAGGCUGGAGCCGCCCGCCAGGACGGACGGACGGCCAGCAGGCGAGGCGCCCCGGACACAUGUUCCACACACACGGACUGGUAAGAGGCAGAGAGCAGCUCACUGUCCUAAGAGUCCAGGGACCCUCUUCUGGGUUUUCGCGUUCAGGGACGGACGGACGGACGGACGGUGGCCUUAGAAAUCUGCCGGUAACAGGCGGAUUUCUUCAGAGGACUACUGUUAUUUAAUUAACCUGGAUUAACAAUCCAGAUCAUUCUGAUCAAAUCAUUCAGAACAGUUUUUUUGCUUCUAUAUUUUCUGUUCCAAAUGUGUUAAUUGUACCGCCCAUUUACCAAACAAUAAGUGGUGGCUGCCACGUGUCGAAAUAUGGUGAUGGAUUAUUAGGACAAGCUUUUAAAAACAUGAUUAAUCCAGCAUGGAUGUAAUUUGUAGGCUUCUUAUGUUGACUAUAAAUCUCUGUAUCCCUCUGCUGUACACUUACUUACACUGAUUCAUGGGUUUGUAUGACAAAAGAAAUGUUUGAAUUGUUGUUGGAGUUAUUGUUUGCUGAUAUGACUAAAAAUGUAGCUGUCUGUUGGCUGUUGUAAUAGUUGCGCCUUUAUCUAUGUCGGUGUCAGCAAGAAACUGAUGCCCUGCCCUAAUCCCGGGCUGGGGCCAUGUCUUUUAAGAGGAGCUUUCCAUGGAUCAGACUAAACAAGUGGGUUAAAGCAUUCUGACGGACAACAGCCGCUGUAUUUGGUUUGGCCCUGUGAAAUUCCCAACCUCAACCACAAAUAUUCUGAAAUCAUUCUCCCCAUCGGCACACCCACCGAUGAGGGGGUGUUCAUGCUUUCCUUUGGACACAAUACUCGGACAUGGUUUUACCCGGUAGUCAUUGGAUUGAGGUUUUGGUGGUCACAGGGGGGGUUUGUAAAUAAAGUUGUUUUUUUACUUUUAA